CACACACAGAAGUCUCAGAGUACCUUUUCAACUGUGAAUCCAAAUCACACAUAACUACAUAAGACAUAUUUAUUGCCUAAUAUGGUACUUUAAGCUUUAAGUUGAGAACUUGUUGAUAAUAAAGCAUCACUUUUUCUGUGACAGAAUCAAUUCCUCCAGAUUUCUCUACAACAUACUCAGAGAAAAUCAUAAAGAUAUCAUCUUUAACGUCAACAAUCAAAAGCCCCAUUUUCCCAGAAAAUCGUAGGCAAUAAUCGGAAUCACCCAUUAUUGUUGAUAUUAUGCGCAGCUGAAUUUGAAGAGAAAAAGAAUCAUCAAAUUCAUAACAAUGGCGUCGGAUUCAAUUGUUGAGAAUAAUGGGGAAAAGAAAUUGAGGUUGAUUGCGAAAUGUGUGGUGGGAGGUGUGGCAUUAGGGUUAUCAAUUUGGGGAAUUCAUGCUACUGGGUUAUCGGAAACCCUAGAAUUAUGGGUUCGGAAGAAGAAGAAGCCAACUCGUGUUUAUAUGGAUGGGUGUUUUGAUAUGAUGCAUUAUGGCCAUUGUAAUGCUCUUCGUCAAGCUCGUAAUCUUGGGGAUCAAUUAGUUGUUGGUGUUGUUAGUGAUGCUGAAAUUACUGCUAAUAAGGGUCCUCCUGUUACUCCUCUUCACGAAAGGUUGAUCAUGGUCCAAGCUGUAAAAUGGGUGGAUGAGGUCAUUCCUGAUGCUCCUUAUGCAAUUACUGAAGAUUUUAUGAAGAAGCUUUUUGAUGAAUAUAAUAUUGACUACAUUAUUCAUGGGGAUGACCCCUGUCUUCUUCCUGACGGGUCUGAUGCUUACGCUCUAGCCAAAAGAGCUGGUCGUUUUAAGCAGAUCAAACGUACAGAAGGAGUGUCCAGUACAGACAUUGUUGGACGUAUGCUUCUUUGUGUUAGAGAAAGGUCUUCUAAUGAAAAAUCCAACCACUCUUCUCUUCAGAGACAGUUCAGCCAUGGCCAUAGCCAAAAGUUUGAUGACGGUGGUGGAACUCGUAUCUCGCACUUUCUUCCAACAUCUCGCAGAAUUGUUCAGUUUUCAAAUGGAAAGGGCCCCAAACCAGAUUCACGUAUCGUUUAUAUUGAUGGUGCUUUUGAUCUUUUCCAUGCAGGGCAUGUAGAGAUAUUACGGCUUGCUCGGGAACUAGGAGAUUUUCUUCUUGUUGGAAUCCAUACUGACCAGACUGUCAGUGCUAAAAGAGGAAGUCAUCAACCAAUCAUGAAUCUUCAUGAAAGAAGCCUAAGUGUCUUGGCAUGUCGCUAUGUAGACGAGGUCAUCAUUGGUGCUCCUUGGGAAGUGUCUAAAGAUACGAUUACAACUUUCAAUAUCUCAUUGGUGGUCCAUGGAACUGUAGCUGAGAGUGAUGACUUCCAGCAGGAAGAAGAUAACCCUUAUGCUGUCCCUAUAAGUAUGGGCAUCUUCAAAGUUAUAGAAAGUCCAUUGGACAUAACGACCACAACAAUUAUUAAAAGAAUUGUUGCUAAUCACGAAGCUUAUCAGAAACGGAAUGAGAAGAAAGCAGCGAGUGAGCGGAAGUAUUAUGAAGAGAGGACUUUUGUGUCUGGUGACUAAAUCUAUUUAGAAAUUAUGGAUUGGCUGCAACUUCGGUGUUUGUUCAGCAUCAUUUUUGGGUAUUUAUAUAUCUUGCGAAUGAAAAUAAGAUGACGGAAACUGCAGUAAAAGGAGAAAGGGCAAUACAGAAAGCUCUUGGAUUGCAUUUUUGAGAUUCCACAGUUGCAUUAAAAAAACAGUAUAGGGAAUAGAAAAUGGUUUACUGCUUCUUGAUGAUGAUAGGCAAGAUUUAUUAGAUAUAGUUUUUUUUUGAAGAAAGAUUUAUUAGAUAUAGUCAUUUACACAUACUUGUGUAAUCUUUUCAGUUUUGUGAUUACCUUAUUUAUUUAAUUAAUUAUUUAAUUUGAUCCC